UGUUUAAUGGGCGGUUUCUACUUUUUGUUGGCAAUCCAAAUUCAAGCAUGCAACCUAACCCUCUUUGAAUAAAAGCACCCAGAGAUUUAUAUACAAGAUCUUCAUAAAGCUUUCAUCAUAAAUUCAUAAUUAUCCAUCAUGAAACUCACCCUUUCCUCAUCCCAUUCUUCUACUUCCAUUUCACACCAUUGAUAUCAAUUCUUCUUCACAGACUCCAUACACCUCGCCAAGAUGCACAUCAAACGCCUCUGUUUCGUCUUCCCAGAUGACGAUGAAACCGCGCCGGCGCCGGAAAAAGGGGUUGGAGUUGGUGGAACGCGGCACCGGCGAUGCGGGGGGCAUGUUGUUGAAUUUGUCAAGGAAUCGCUGCACAGAUUCUUGGGUUCUGGGUGGGUUAGCUUUUGCAGCCCGGAGGUCGCCGGGAAGAAGAAGCAGUUUUCCGGGCAGUUUCACGACACGGAGGGUGUUCAGAUGGGGGAGGAGAAUAAAGUAGGGAGUGAUAAUCCGAGGAUUUUUAGUUAUUCCGAGCUCUUUGUCGGGUCUAAUGGUUUUAGCGAGAGUGAAAUCUUGGGCAGCGGGGGAUUCGGGAAGGUAUACCGCGCGGUUUUGCCUAGUGAUGGCACGGUGGUGGCGGUGAAGUGCCUGGCGGAGAGAGGGGAGCGGUUUGAGAAGACUUUCGCGGCGGAGCUGGUGGCCGUGGCUCAUCUCCGUCACCGGAAUCUUGUCCGGCUCCGGGGGUGGUGCGUUCACGACAAUCAGCUCUUCCUAGUAUAUGACUACAUGCCUAAUCGCAGCCUGGACAGAGUUCUGUUCAAAAGAUCAGAGAAUUUAGGGCCGCCGCCUCUUGACUGGGAGAGAAGAAACAAGAUUGUUCAUGGACUAGCUGCAGCACUGUUCUAUCUCCAUGAACAAUUAGAGACUCAGAUAAUUCACAGAGAUGUUAAAACCAGCAAUGUAAUGCUCGAUUCGAGCUUCAAUGCCCGGCUAGGCGAUUUCGGCUUAGCCAGGUGGCUAGAACAUGACCUCGUCUACCAGACCAGAACCCCGUCAAUGAAGAAUCACCAGUUCAGGCUAGCAGAAACCACGAAAAUCGGGGGGACAAUAGGCUACUUACCCCCCGAGAGCCUCCAGAAACGAGGCGUUGCCACCGCGAAGUCUGAUGUUUUUAGCUUCGGGAUUGUGGUUCUUGAGGUGGCCUCGGGGAGGCGGGCCGUGGACCUGACGUGCCCGGAUGAUCAGACCAUUCUGCUGGAUUGGAUGAGGAGGCUUUCUGAUGAAGGAAUGGUUCUCCAGGGGGGAGAUAGCAGGCUUAAAGAUGGCUCUUAUAAGCUUGCAGAAAUGGAGAGAUUGAUCCACAUUGGUCUUCUCUGCACUCUCCAUGAGCCUCUCUCCAGGCCUAACAUGAAAUGGGUUGUGGAGGCGCUUUAUGGGGAAAUCUAUGGCGAAUUGCCCGAGCUUCCCUCGUUUAAAUCCCACCCGCUUUACAUUUCCCUCUCAUCAUCCUCCAACACUGCCACCAUGUCCACAAGAACCACUCUCAGCACCUCAAGCAACACGACAGUUAUUGCGCCUUUCAACUCAGACAACAACUUUGUCACGGCUUCUGGUGAAACCGUGUUCUUGUCUGCUGAGUCGAGUAGUAAUUCCAGCGUUUCGAGCAGUUUGUCUGGGAACCAUUGCAGUACUGCUGGGCUGCAGCCUGGCGGUUUCCCAGUCGUGGAUACCCCGAGAGAGUUCACCUUCAAGGAGAUCAUUGAAGCAACGACGAAUUUCUCCGAUUCGAGGAGAGUUGCAGAGGUUGAUUUCGGGACAGCUUAUCUGGGCUUCCUUGAUAGCCAUCAGCAAAUCCUGGUUAAGAGGCUGGGGAUGAAGACUUGCCCUGCUUUAAGGGUGAGGUUCUGUAAUGAGCUCCAGAAUUUAGGAAAGCUAAGACAUAGAAACCUAGUACAGCUCCGAGGAUGGUGUACCGAGCAAGGGGAAAUGCUCGUCGUGUAUGACUAUUCUGCAAACCAUCUUCUAAGUCACCUCCUUUUCCAUCACAGAACUUCGGAGACCCUGAAAUGGCACCACAGGUACAACAUAAUCAAGUCACUGGCUUCCGCGAUUCGCUAUCUCCACGAGGAAUGGGACGAGCAGGUCAUCCACAGGUGCAUCACGUCCUCCGCUGUCAUUCUCGACCCCGACAUGAACCCGAGGCUCGGUUCCUUCGCCCUGGCUGAAUUCUUAGCCAGGAACGAGCACGGUCAUCACGUCGUCGUGGAUAAGAACAAGUCGGUGAGAGGGAUUUUUGGCUACAUGUCCCCCGAGUAUAUGGAAUCCGGGGAAGCAACCACAAUGGCUGAUGUUUACAGCUUCGGGGUAGUGCUGCUGGAGGUCGUCAGUGGACAGAUGGCAGUCGAUUUUCGCAGGCCCGAAGUCCUCCUGGUUCACAGACUACACGAAUUCGAACUGAGGAAACGACCAUACGAGGAGCUAGCAGACCCGAGGCUGGAUGGCAAGAUUAACAAACGAGAGGUGCUCCGAAUGGUCAGAUUAGGAAUGGCGUGCACUCGGUCUGAUCCAGCACAGCGCCCGAGCAUGAGACAGAUAGUGAGCAUACUAGACGGGCGGGAUCAAUGGUUUUUGGAGAAUGGACUAAGGAAGGAGAAAAGGGAAGAUUGGAGGAAGAGAAAUGCUUCUUCUCUGUCACAUGUUAGAAGAAUUCAAGCUCUUGGCAUACAUUGAUCCUAAAGUCCUAAACUAAAAAUCACAUCUUUCUUUUGUUUGAUUAAAUUAAUGAUGUUUUUAGAUGUGUUCCCCUUGUAAAGAAUGACAGGCAAAACACCUUUUAUAUAUAUACAUAUCUGCUUUUAAAUUA